GUCCCUCCUGACGGUCUAUCAAUUUGAUUUAGCUCCAAAAUGAGCGUUCCGGUUGGUUUGAAGUCGAGCAAAGUUAUAUUCGAUGCACCCAAAGUUGGUUUCGGUCUCGAUGUCUGCGUUUGUGAUUGAAUUUGAUUAUGAUAGCUGUUCUGCUUCUACUUGGUACAGCUGAGGCGGUGAAAUGGGACGCGCCUACUCCUUAUGACCCGGUGUGGCUGGCGAGCGUGCAGGCUUACGACCCGGUGAUGGUUCACAACGAGACCCGGUUCUGGUCGUGGGUUAGCGAGGAGGACGUCACGUUCAAGCUGUUCACCAGGCGGAACCCAUACAACUACCAGAUUCUAAAAACCAACGACGCAUCAGCACUAUACUACUCGAACUUUGUUUUUGAAAACAAGGUGAAAGUUUUAGCCCACGGUUGGUUGAAUAAUGGAGACGGUCCUAUGCCUGAAUCUAUAAGAGAAGCUUACCUCAACAUCAGCGAUGUAAACAUCAUAGUAGUGGACUGGGGUAAAGCGGCGAUGGUGAACUACAUCUCCGCCAGCUACAACGUGGCGGAAGUCGGCAGGAUCCUCACUAACUUCCUCAACUUCCUCAUCGAAGAGGGAGUGUCCAUGAACGACGUGCAUCUCAUAGGCCAUAGUCUAGGAGCUCAUGUAGUCGGCAUCGCUGGCGCUUAUGUGAAGAAAGGACCUAUUGAUACUAUUACAGGAUUAGAUCCAGCGCUCCCCCUAUUCUAUUUCAGUGACAAGAACUCGCGGCUCGACCGACACGACGCGCGCCAUGUGGAGGUGAUCCACACGUGCGGGGGCUACCUGGGCUUCUCCGACCCUUUAGGACAUAUCGACUUCUACCCCAACGGCGGGACGCGCCAGCCCGGAUGUGGGAUUGAUUACAGAGGUUUGUGUGCUCACAACCGCGCGCACAUGUACUUCGCGGAGUCCAUAGUGUCUGCUGUGCCGUUCACUGCGGUGCGCUGCCGCAACUACGACGAGUUGUACUACACCGGAUCAUGCGAGGGCACCGGAGAGACGCUCAUCAUGGGCGGCUUUGAUAUACAUUACGGGAAGGACGGAAUUUACUACCUCAGGACCAACGACAAGAAGCCCUACGCGCUAGGGGCGCCCUGAGCGCUUAAUAAUUUAUUUUGAGCACUGCCAACUUUGCCAAUAAAUUAAUUUUUCAGGCACAUUAUACGGCGGGAAAGUUUUUACGGAACAACGUUGACUAUAAUAUUAUAAAUCUGACCCACUUUCUGUAUUCAAAUGAGGCCCACAUCGGUUGUGAGUGAGGAUUCUGUUUGCUUAAUCUUACGUCCUGUUUUCCAUUUGAUAUUAGCGUUUAAGGAC